AUGCGAAACUGCCCCUCUACACCAACAUGUCCUCGAUGGAACGGCUGUGUAUCAACCUCCACCAACGGUGCUGUAUUCCAGCUCAGCUGUGCAACCGACUACAACGGCCCCGUCAUUGACGCUGCGCAGGCCGAUGCGUUCGUCGACUGCGGAGAUGCUUGCUCUCGACGUUCCGGUUGUGUUGCAUUCAAUAUGAAAGAUGGUUUCUGCUACCUUCUUGGCAAGCCCGUUGGAACUGCCCGAAUCUCCUCUAACAACGUAAACGCCGGCGUACAACUCAAGGCCCCGACCGACCCAGAGCUAGCUCCUGGCUCUUCGACGUGCACUACGGUGAUCGACUGCCCCACCAACGACAAGUGUAGGUACCUUACCAACAGCAAGUCGUUCAUCGCCGAAUGCAACUAUGACUACUAUGGCGGAGACAUUGCUCUCAAGUCAACUGAUACCAUGACAAAGUGUGUGGAUGAGUGCGCCAUCUUCCCAGGAUGUGUUGCCGUCACUUGGGUUGAUAGCAACUGCUACCUCAAGAACAAUAACACCAAGAUUGUCUACAACAACGACGUGGAUAGUAAGUAG